UUCAACAGGAGACCAACUUUCUUUAAUAAUCAUAUAAAAAGUAAAAACAAAUUGUUUAUAAAAAGCAAAAAAUAAAUUACAAAAAAAAAAAAGACAACAAGAGAGUGGAACAGCAUUUUGCCAUCGAAGACACGGUACAAGCCCAAUCGUCUAUAAAACAACUCCCUCUCUUCAUCUUCCUCCACCAUCUCCUCUUUUACAAGUACGCCCUUCACCUUAUAAUCUCUCUCAUUUUCCUCCCAACAUUUUCCUUUUCUCGCUAAAAACUCCAUCUCCUUUCCUCCGUUCUCGAAUCCAAAUCCGCCAUGGGAGUUGCCGUUCUUCAGCCUCGUGAUUGUCUAACCGAUCCUCUCUCCAUCAGAAACAUCCUUCACCCUCCUCCACAACGGCCUAACAAACCGACGCCCAAUCGCCGUCGCCGGAGUCCGCCGCGUCGUCAACCGGAGACCUCUCCUCCGCCAAAGGGAUCGAAGAAGAAGAAGAAGAAUCUCAACCACAACCACGUUAGAAUUCCGAAGCGAGGAGAAGAGAAGGUACCAGAUCUGAGAUCUGCUCGUCAGAUCGUAUCAGAUCCGGUGAUGAUCCCAUCGCAGAGCCGGAGAUCGACCCCAGCUUUGUUUUACGCUGGUCCAGUCACAUCGACAUCUCCGCCGCCGAGCGAAGUUCCCUUACCGGCGUUCUUCGCGAAGAGAAGCGUCUCCUCGUUCGAACCAGCCGACGCAACCACAGAUCUGAUCAGAAUCUUGCGGUUAGACACCGCAUGAUUCGAGCGAUCUCAGAUCUCCGAUCAAUAAGAAAAAUUAUCUCUUCGCUAAAUUCGAAUCAUUCUCUUAUUUUUUCAAGGGGAAUGAUCGAAAUAUCUUCUUAACAGGUCUUUUAGUUUCGAUGUCUCGUUAGUAUGUGUAUUGAUAAGCUUUCCGUCUUCGAGUAAGCUAUGAUUUCGUAGGGUUCUUAAUAAUAUAGAUGAUCUGAUUAGUUUUGUUUAA